AUGCAGGAUGCAGCCAGGAGGCAUGACAAAAAUUGGAAAGUCCCCACCAGCUUCAGAGCUGAGUUGAAGAAGGACAUGUACUUGUUGAGCCCCAAGUGCCCCUCAUACGUCCAAUCUGCAUGUAACAUUAUGAUGUUGGAGAAGUAUUUGAUGUCAAACCUGGUUGUUGUACAGGCUAAAUUCACCCUCAAACCAUGGCUGUUUGACUAUGACCUGUCACACUGGAUCAUGAGGCAGCACUCCCAGCUCAGUGACACCACCAUAACCAAUGCCCAGGGAAAAGAAGAGAAAGUGCCUAAAGAAUACUUUCUGUAUGUAGAUCACUGCAUGAAGGCUGCGAAGGAGGAGCACGGAAAGGAUCAAGUUCAUGCAUCUGUUCUUGCAGCAGGACCUUGAGACAUAUCCUGUAGGCAAAUCAACCCCAAGCAACACCAAUACACCAGGAGUCUGGAAAUCAGCCUCUCAGAUUGAAACAGCGGCAGCAGCAGCAGUGGAAUUCAAUAAUUGUGAGAAGGGCAUGGAAUAGAUCCCAUGAGUGUUAGUAGUGGGGGGUGGGGUUGAAAGGGGGACAUCCAAAUCAUGAUUUGACUGUAAUAUGUGUAUUAUAGUAUUACCUAUUAUCUGAUUGAC